CGACCAUUGCGACAACUUUGAUUUCAGUCAUCGGGAGUUCAGGCCUGAGUGGAGUCGGAGGAUCCAGCUACAGAACGGCGACCGAGCUCGACAAAGACGAGGAAGUGCUUGCGUGAACCUUGUUGUGUUAGUUGGGAUUGAAGCUCUACACAUCGUUUGUCAACACAAACCAGAACCAGGGAUUGGAAAAUUGGUAGGAUGUUGUUGGCUACUCAAUAAUUUAGACCAAUAGUUCGAGCCUAAAGUUAAUGUGAUUCAGGAGAUAGCCUAUAUGGUGAAAGUGCGGAAGGAUACACCCGAGGUUCACUGUCUGCAGUGGAGAGCCUCCUGCCAUGUACCAGGCUCAGCUGAUAAAGGCAGCAGAAGGUGAUGAUGUGACUCUUCAGUGUCGUCUGGAUCCUCCGGUCAGCCUGUCUGCUUUCACUGUGGACUGGACGAGACUUGAGAACAAGGAUAUCGUCCACGUCUAUCGACAUCAACAGGACGAUCCUGGUCCACAGACGGAUCAAUACAGAGGCAGGACGACUCUCCUCCAUGAAGACCUGAUCAGAGGAGUCCUGACUCUGCACAUCUCCUCAGUGAAGCUGUCUGACAGAGGACCUUACAAAGGCUUUGUCCCAAAGCUGAAGACCAGCUGUGUUGUUGACCUCAUUGUUGAAACGGUGGGAAAAGACCAGCAGAACGAGACAAAGAGAGAUGAUUCCAGCACAACUGGACCUCCAGAGGAAGAAGAGACCGAGCCAGACGGUCGUGGUGGUGGAAACAGGAACGCUGGCCGGGCUGGGAUCAUUUCCUCUGUCUUUGUUAUUCUCUGCGUUGUUGUUGUUGUUGUUGUUGUUCUGCUUCUGAGGAUGAACGGAACGAUCCACAUUUUAACGACGCCAAACGGAUCUGAAAUGAAAAAGGUGAACACCCAAGCAGCGGACGAGGACCUGGAGGGGCCUGCAGGAAGCUGUUUGAGAAACAUGGUCUGAGAGGACGAUGGCUGCCGUUCAUCACCUCAACGAUCAAAAAGCACACUGACCUCACCAGUUUUACCAAAGUUUUUACUGAGGAAACAGCCAUUAAACCUCCUCAUGGGGCCCGUUGAGAACUCUGUGGGUCCCCGGCUCGGGCUACAAGGAACCUGGAUGUGACACUGGACGACCAUCUGUGCUUCUCUGCCAACAUCGCAGGGCCAACCUGCUCCUGCAGCUUCCUCCUCCACACAAUCAGGAGGAUACGUCUGUUCCUCACCCAGGACUCAGCUCAGGUUCUGGUCCAGGCUCUUGUGAUCUGACGCCUUAAACUAUUCCAACUCUCCGUUUUAGCUUUGGUCCUGUUCUCUGAAACAAACUUCCAGGGAAACUCUGAGAACUGACAUUAGUUUGAUUGGUUUGUGUCAUUUUGGUCAAAUUAAGUAUUUGAAUGUGUUUUAUUUUAUUUUUAUAUAUAUAUCUUUUUCUCUCAUGUUGAACUUUACAUUUUAUUGUAUCCUCUGUACUGUAAAGCACUUGCUCUGUUUCUCUUAUCACUGUCCACUGAUAUUAAAUUGCUAUUUUUACUUUCACCAAC